AUGAUUGAACGGCUGGCUGAAGUGGACAGAAUGUUGAUGAGGUUGAGAAUGGUAUCUGAGCGAGAAGCUGUUGCUCAUGAAGCUGGACCUUCAGCACCGCAACCACAGCCACAGGAUAUUGCUGAAGGCGAUGAUAUGGACCUACAAGAAGAGGAGGACAGGAAUUGGGAGGAAUUCAAUGCUAGUGAUGAAAUAGACGACGGCGAACACGACACACAAGACUAUGAGCCAGUUCAAUCCGCAGAUGCUGGAGUUCGCUUGCCAUCAGGGACAAGGCGAAAGCGUGAUAGCGAACAAGCAAUGUUGAGCGAAGACGACGAGUCCACGGAAGUCAUCAGAGGGCAAAGCGGCGAAGGUCGCAGUGCUGAAGUCCCACCACCCGAAAACAGAACCGGAGGAGAACACGUUGCACCUGCUGAAUCUCCUACCUCAUCUGGACUACCGACACAACGCGAAGGAGUGGCACAGAUUAGCACUGAAACUGCUGAAGCUGAAUCAGGAGACAAGUAUUUGUUCCAUUUAGCACCACCUCUAGAGCAGUAUUCCAUCAUCAGACCAAAAAGAAAGCGUGGUGAACCAUCGAGUGGGCAAGUACAGAAGGUUGUUGUACCCAUUCCAACAACCCCAGCAACAAGUCAACAAUAUGAUGAAGAGCAGCAAGCUGUGCUAGCUCGCGGAGCGGCUGCUGCAGAGCGUUUUCAACGGGAAAUAGAGCAGCAACUGCCCCUGGAGCAGCUACAAAUCCGUGACCGCUAUGCCACACCGUUGCCGGAGAUUGCUGUUCCCGAAAAUGUGCUCGAUUAUAUGCGAGCUCUUAACAACAGGCAUUACGACAAGGGAAUGUUGGAAUAUUAUAAGACGGAACUCCAGCGACAGCGAUUCAAUCUCCGACGUCUGAAUCAACCAUAUCAGGUCAGAGAUCAUAUGAUGAGCUCCCUUGAAGGCCUAGGUGAGGAAGAUGCCUAUGCAAUAGGUGAUUAUGAAGUCGAAUAUAAUGCUCGACUUAGGAAUGAACAGGGCAUCGACAAGACACAGAAUUAUUCCAUUCUUGCACACCACCCCAUAUAUAAAGGAGCAGUCACAAUUGGUCGUCUUUUCAAUCAUAGCAGAACGCAUGCCAAUCUUGUUACCAAGUGCAUAGACCUCACCUACUCCACGGAUCUAGGACCACAAAAGCAGCUGCUAUUACUAUUUAAAGCCAAGUGCAACAUAAAGAAAGGUGAACAGCUCAUGUGGGACUAUGGCAAGCAUUAUACACCCGCUGGUAAAUCCAUACGAUGUAUGUGUGAAAAAUGCCAGCCAAAACUCGAGUCAUCGUUAGAUCUUCAUAUUCCUGUAGCAAUCCCCAUUAUACCGACAGAGUCACCAAGAGACGAAGGCUCGUACUCGCAACAAAUGGGCUUGUGGCCAAAGGAAGGCGACGAUGAUUUGCGAAGCGUUAUCACAUCACGUAACGUGUUCCUGUCACUGAAUAUGAAGAGUCGUGUAGCCGGUCUUAUGUUUGUUCAUGAUGAUAAUGCUACGAGUUUAUUCGAAGGAGUAGCCGAGGCAUACCAUCGCAAUCGGCUCAUGUUUCUAGGCAUUGAGGAUCGAUAUCCUACAACACCUGGCGAUGCCGAUAUACCACCAAACGCCAAUGCUUUACUGCAGUUACUCUGUGUCGCUCAUAACGACGCAUACAACAAAGGAAAUCCCGUGAUACUGGUGUUAAAACGGGAAGAAGGAAAAGCUCGAUUCGGACGCAGAAGGAAGCAGGGAAUGAUGGUAGUCGUGUUGCUAGGAAGUGUAAUUAAUGCAACUGAGAGAAAACGAUAUGGAAAUUGCAUCGUGUAUGACGAUAAGCAGAAACUCUGCCAAGUUGUGGCUGAACAAACUUCAGACAAGGAUGAUCAGAAGUCAAUUUUGGAGAUGUACGGCGAAGCAAGGCUUAUGCGAUUCGAAAAAUCGAAUGAGACCAUGUGGCUCGAGUUGCGAAAUCAAAGGAAUAUGGAUAUUGGAGAAGCGUUAGAAAUAAUGGACAAAUAUGACGACUACAGAUUUCAGCGCCAAUAUCUGCGAAUGAGAGCUGGCUUGACUAGUUAG